AUGAAAGUCAAUCGGACAAUUUUCAUGUGUCUUGUGUGGACAGGAAUACUUCUAAGUAUUUUUUCUCUGGCUUUAUCCGAAUCUGUGACCUGUGAUGGUUUACAAUGCAAAGAAGGAAGUUGUGUAAAUGGUACCUGUCGAUGUAAUUAUGGAUGGAAAGGAGACAAUUGUGAUCACUGCUCUGGGCGAGUGCUGUUGACUGAUUCUGUUGGGUUUGUGACGGACGGCCAUGGUAAUUACAGCGUAGACAACAAAUGCACCUGGCUGUUGGACACUGGUCAACCCAACUCCAGUAUCCAGCUCAAGUUCCAUCAGUUCUCCACGGAGUGUGGCUGGGACCAUGUGUAUGUGUAUGAUGGUGACUCUGUGUUCUCGCCCCUGUUGGCAGCCUACAGUGGACUGAUAAAACAGGAUUUGGUUGCUGGCGCCGACAUUCCCAUCAUAACCGCCACGUCCGGGAAGGCUUUUAUUUACUUCUACAGUGAUGCUGCCUAUAACAUGUCAGGCUUCAACCUAUCCUACAGUGUCAACACCUGUCAGAAGGAUUGCCCUUUGAAGGGUUUGUGUGUAGAUGGUCAAUGUCAGUGUCAAAGUGGAUACAGUGGCGAUUACUGUGAGAUUGAACCAUGUCAGAAUAACUGUACCAAUGGCCAGUGUGUCCAGGAUAUUUGUCAAUGUUCACCGGGUUUCAUAGGAAAGGACUGCAGCACACCGGCCACAGAUGCAUUGUGGGAGGAGUUAAUUGUCCCAGACCUUGAUGUUGGACUGGCAUCCUCUGCUUCUACUCUCAUGGGGGAUUACAUUUAUGUCGCAGGGGGAUACAGCUUUAUACCGCAUCAGUCAUUCUUGUCAAGGUAUCAUCCAUUGACCAAUGAGUGGAGGCCAUUAACACCUACAGGAAAUGUAAUUCCAACCACUAGAUAUGGCCACACUCUAGUCGGAUAUCAGGACAACCUGUACAUGUUUGGUGGUGUGGUUGGCAAUGAAAAACCACAAGUCUCUCGAAACUUGUAUGUUUACAACAUCGUGACAAACACAUGGAACGUUACCAUUGUGGAAAAUGAACUUGUUAUUCCUGUAGCUGUUGCAGGGCACACAGCCCACAUUAUCAACGGAAUCAUGUACAUUAUCUUUGGUCAUAGUCCCAUAUAUGGGUACAAAAAUCGGAUACAGGAAUACAAUAUAGCUAAUAAGUCAUGGUCCAUCCCACGUACCAGUGGUGCCAUUAUACAGGGAGGUUAUGGUCACGCCAGUGUGUACGACCCUGUCACUAAGAUGAUUUAUGUUUAUGGGGGUUAUCAUUCUGACAACCAUCCUAACUACCAGCUCACUGAUCAGAUGUUUGGUUUCAUUCCUCACCAGAGAAAAUGGGUUAUACUUCGGAGUAAUGGCAGUCCAAGAUAUUUACAUUCAGCAACGAUAUUGAACAACUCUAUCUUUGUUUUCGGGGGGAACACUCACAACGAUACAUCUAUCAGUUAUGGAGCCAAGUGUUACUCUUCUGAUCUCAUGGUGUACAAUAUAAAGUGUAACUCAUGGUAUACCAUCAAGGCACCGUCCCUACCCAGCUUUGGAGCCCGCUAUGGUCACACCGCAGUCUUCUACACAAUGAAUAAUAAACCUAAUAUGUAUGUUAUUGGUGGUUUUAAUGGCAUCAUGCAAAACAACCUGAUCAAGUUUACACCAGGUAACUGCUCAUUCUACGAGACUGAAGAGGCCUGCCUUGGAGGUAAACAAGGGACCCAGUGUGUUUGGGUCAGCAACUCAUACUGCAGUUCCAAGCCGGAUGCCGUCCUGGACGGGCUUAGCAAUUCUUCAGAGAUGUGUGACAGCGAUAAGGGAAAGGACCAUAUUUGCCCCAAAUUCACAUCCUGUCCAUCAUGUCUGUCAAGUGCAUUCAACUGUCAGUGGUGCAAUAAUAACUGUACUGCUGCAUGUUCAGUGAAAGAUAGACUGUCCCUUGUGAGCGAUGUAGCACAGUGUCCAUCUAAAUACAGUAAGAAGUGUGAUACCAUACACAACUGCUUUGCCUGUGCUCUCGUUGACCAUUGCAAGUGGAACCGAAAGAACAAAAAGUGUGCGCCAAACCAACCGAUGGCUUUUAUGGAUUCAGAAACGCCCAAGGACAGUGACUACAACAGUGAGACAGCCUGUGCUCAGCCCUGUUAUAUCAACACUGACUGCGAAAACUGUACUCGCCAAAGCUGUAUGUGGUGUGCCAACAAGCGACGCUGUGUGGAGACCAAUUCUUACGUGGCCUCAUUCAUUUACGGACAGUGCAUGGAAUGGACCACGAGUGAAAACAGAUGUGCAGCCACACGCUGUUCAGACCUGCUGACCUGUGAGAGGUGUCAGUCUAACCCAAUGUGUGGUUGGUGUAAUGAUCCAAGUAAUACAGGUAUUGGAAAGUGUUUAGAGGGUGGGGCUGUGGGGCCUGGACAUGACCCCUUAAAGGCCAACAACACCCAGUGUCCUGACGACCGUUGGUUCUUCACCCAGUGUCCAGCUUGCCAGUGUAAUGGUCACAGUACGUGCAACAAUGAUACUGGAGCCUGUGAGAGCUGUCAUGGGAUGACCACAGGUGAACAUUGUGAAUCAUGUGUGGACGGUUAUUAUGGAGACCCAACAAAUGGUGGCAAAUGUUCAGUGUGUGAAUGUAACGGACAAGCCAACACCUGUGAUAAUAAGACUGGAGUUUGUUUCUGUCGAACUAGGGGUGUGGUCGGAGAUAGGUGUGAAAAAUGUGAUGUACCACACAAGUACUAUGGAGACCCCAGAAAUGGUGGCACCUGUUACUAUGACCUGGUGACAGAUUACCAGUUUACCUUCAAUUUGUCCAAACGAGAUGACAAGUACUACACCCAGAUAAACUUCAUGAACAUUCCAUCUUCUAGUGACAGAGAUGUGGAUUUUAAAGUGAACUGCUCUGAUGACAAGGCUUUCCUAAAUAUUUCUGUCCGAACUCGAAGUAAAAACGAGGUGGUCUUCGUUGAGAGUUACUCAUGUAAUUAUUUCCGAGACAAGUUUGAGCAUCAGGAUUAUUCGUUUGGUUCCUCAGAGAAUACAACCUUCCUGGUUUAUGUGUACAACUUUCAAACACCCUUCUGGUUACAGAUCUCCUUUUCCCAGUUCCCAAAAAUAGAUUUAUUACACUUUUUUGUGACUUUUUUCAGUUGUUUCCUGUCUCUGCUCAUCAUAGCAGCAGUACUGUAUAAGAUCAAACACAAAUAUGACAACUACAGACGCAGACAGCGGAUGAUUGUCGAGAUGGAGGAAAUGGCCAGUAGACCAUUUUCUUCAGUUACCUUGGAGAUCGAACGAAAAGUUGAUAAUUACAUUGCAGAAAAGAAAGAUCUUAAUUUGGAGCUGAGAAAGCGUAAAAAGAUAAAUAAUAAACCUAGUCAGGUGGCACUGGAGCCUUUAAUUACCCAGAAGGCAGCAGUGCUCACUCUUAUAGUCCAACUCCCUACUGGUGAUGAGGACUGGACCCCUAGCGGGAGUUCUGGGGUAGCUAUUGCUAGUGCGCUGGUCACACUGGGUCAUCAUCGAAAACAGAGUGUUGAACACAGCGGCAAGGGAGACAAAAACAGAUUUAAGAAACAUUCCUUCCAGACACAUUCAGACACAUGUGUAUGAUAGGAAAUUAUCGAAUCAAUGUGUUAGUUCUUGAUCUGGAGGUUUUUUACUUGAAAAUGUGAAUAUAUGUUGAGUGUGAAAGAAACAGGCCUGUAGUUUUAAAACAGAGCUGAAAACUUAAUUUUUCUCAAGUGUUUUUUUCUCGUCACUUUGCUGUUCUGAAUCUAAUUCAUGUAAUGAUUGAUCGUAUUUGUACUUGGCUACAAAUUUGUACAGUUAUGAUAUAAGGUGUGCAUAGAGCCAAGAACUUUGAGUACAAAAUAAUGGAUUUGAGUACUGGACUAUGAAUUUUGAGUAUAUGACUUUUGAGUUUUAAGAUUAGAAUGUUGAAAUUAAAUACAGAAUAUCAUGUUUUAGUGCAGAACCAUGAGUUUGAACACAAAUUAUCAAGUUCUCUAUGUACAGAACUUUGAGUUUUGGAAAAAAAAUAUUCUUGGUUUUGAGUGCAAAAUGAAUUUUGGAUACAAAAUAUUGAGUUUCAAUACGGACUUUGAGCAUGAGUUUUAUCAAUACAGGCCUACAUGUGAUUUGCUACCAGUCAACUGAUUUUUUUUUAUCCCCUAAAUUAAAAAUAUAAAGUAUACGGUUUUGGUUAUGUAGUGCUCGAGAAAACUAUACCCUUACAUAGAUAACGUGCCUGUGUAAAUUUAUUUCUGAUUUUUGAGGUCCUAGGUUUACUUGUAAUACUUGAUCUGAAGCAGGAUUAAUUUAUAUAAAUACCAGUGAUUACUGACGAAGAAACUGUCUGACUUCAUCAACUAUAUGCCGCAAAUAUCAACAUAUGUGAUAUGUCGCAAAUAUCAACAUUUUGUGAUAUGUUUAAAAAUUUCAUGAUUUGUGGUCUAUUCCAAACUAUUCAAAAUAUCAACAUUUAAGGAGGUGUAAGAAACAUGAAUAUUUAAUGAAAUACCCAAAAUAUGAACAUUUUGUGUAUUGUCUAGGAUAAUAUUUUUGAUAUGUUCAAAAUAUCAACAUUUAUAUUAGUACAUACACAUUGUUGAAGAUGUCCUUUCAUUCAAAAUAAACUUUUAGACAACAGACAGGUUUUUGUAUAGUCUUUAUGACAAGACACAGGUACCAGAUAGCUUAAUAUGACUGCAGAUAUUGACAUGAUGUGCAAUCAAAUGAUGUCACUUGCCAUUGUCUGGACAGCUGUUUGAUUGGUGAUGUGAAUGUUUGUAUGUUGAUGUUUUCCUGUUUAUGUACUGAUCACAAACAAUACUUACAAUUUAUGGUAAAUUAUAUUUGAGAAUUUUUUUUGCAUUUCUCUAUUUCUAAGAAAUUUGAACAAGGCAUAAAUCUAUAAACAUGACAAGUGUAAAAAUAGACUACUGAAAAUCACUUAGAUUUCGCGAAUAUUUAAUUUUGCAGACUUACCUUUAGACAUAUUCACAAAUACAUUUUUUACGAAUGAUGAUCUAGAAAUGUUUUUAAAAUUUGGUAUGUUGAGGUAUUAGGGACAAGGACUCUGCAAGACUUUGAAAUCGGUAACCGAGUUAAAAUGGAUGCCAUUCGGAGUUAUUUUCGUACAAAUAAUAUUGAGGGAUUUGAAUUCACAAUUUACUCAGAUUAACAGAUUAAUACAAAAUAAAUGCGACAUGAAAUAUAAGUGAUUUACAGUACUCAGUCUAAAUUGGUUGUUUCAGUAAUAGGUCUUCAGUCUCCUCGUAUAUUUUGUUAGUUAUUCUGAAACAUAAAAAUAGAUUAAAUGAUAACAUUCUGCCAUUGAGGUGUAGAUGAGAUUUGUUAACCUUGUCAAUACAGGUUAAUCAAGGACAAAACGUCUGUGUAAAAUUUCGGUAGGGGUUAAUGAUAGAUGGAUAGGUCUUUUGAAGCAUUGUCUCAAAAUCACAAGAAUAUGUGCAAUCAGUUUGUUCCAAUAUAACCAUCUCCAUUGAUUUUGGCCGUGUAUACCUUAUUUAUCAUUCAAUGAGCCCAGAAACUGUCUAAUCAAUGCUGACAUAAGUACAAAGGUGGGCUUAUAACAGGACAAUGAUACAGACAUCUACUAAAACUACGAUAAAUUCGGGGUGGGCUUAUUAGCAGACAUGGGCUUAUUGGUUGAUAAAUAUGGUAACUUGUUUAUUUUGAUUCAAUAACAUCUCAGAUAUCAUACCAAAGUGAUAGUUGUUGAAAAAUGUUUGUCAGUUUUUGUAGUAGUGUUUUGUCUGUUUGUUGUAAAUAAUGGUGCUUUAUUUUCAGAAAUACAAAAUAUAUCACAAUUUUCUAAAGAAAAAAAUGAAAUAAAAAAUUAAAUUAUUUUAAUUUAAAAUGUGUACAUAAGAAUUGUAAAUAGUACAAGAAGGGUGAUUAGUUGAUCAUAGAUGCAAGAAAUAUGUCAAAAGUGUAAACAACAUGGCUGAUUGAUGACUGUGUGUUGUAGAAGACAGUGAGAGAGGUUGUUGUAUAUAGACAUUUGUAUAUAGCUACUCAACAUGGAGAAUUCCAUGAAACUGGAAGAGUCCCACUGACAGAGAUUAACCGUCCGAACUGUCAGCCGUUACAAGAUCAAUUUUAAUUCCUUUGUUAAAUAUGUGAUGACUUAUUAAUUUGAUUUUUUUUUUGGCAAGAGAAUCAUUGGGGAGGUGGUUGUUUAAUACUUGCUAUUUCUGUCUUGCAAUAAGCCCAAUGGUCAACACAUAACCUCUAACUCAAAGUAAGGGACUGGGCUUAUUACCGGACAAAGAAACAGUAUAGAUAAUUCUAUGAUAAAACAAAAGAGAUGAGUGGGUUUAUUACUGAACAUGACUUGUUAUGUAAAUAAUGUAUUUAUAUGCAUAAUGACUUGUCUCCAGUUUAAUUAUAAAAAGAACUUCACACAACUUCUUAAUUUUUUUUAACUUUUGGAAUUAAUAAACUUCAACAUUCCUGUUUACUUGCCAUGAACUUAUCUCCAACAAUUUGAAAUAGUGAGAAAUUUGUGAAUUUAUUACAAGUUGUUUGAGAAUAUGUGUGUGACUCUUGGGUGACUAUAUCCCAUCGCAUUCAUCAGACAAAUAACCAAGGGAUCGUAUAUUCGCUGAGGUAUACAGAUUGUACAAGAUGAAUCGUUGUGUUGAUAAUUAUAAACCAGUCUGAUUUACUUCUUGAACUAUUUUAUCAUUGUGUAAAACCACUGAUUAUGAUAACUAUUUGUUCAGAACUUGCUACCAUUUGCUAUUAGAUCUGUGUUCUUGUGUUUUCCAUCAUUUCCCAAAAUUUAGAUGUGGCAUGUCUGUGGAAACCAUGGGAAAGAUAUGUGGGAAACAAAUUUUUUGAGGAAUUAAUAUGAAGUGUAUGGGAAUUUUAUAUACAUUGUAGGAUGUGUGUGGGAAUUGUAUGAUGGAUGUAUGAGGAUACUGUAUGAUGAAUGUAUGUGGGAACUUUGGAGAAUGUGUGUCGGAACUUUAUGAGGAACGUAUGUGGGAACUGUAUGACGAAUGUAUGUGGGAACUUUAUGAGGAACGUAUGUAGGGACUGUAUGACGAAUGUAUGUGGGAACUGUAUGACGAAUGUAUGUGGGAACUUUAUGAGGAACGUAUGUGAGAACUGUAUGACGAAUGUAUGUGGGAACUUUGGAGAAUGUAUGUCUGAACUUUAUGAGGAACGUAUGUGGGAACUGUAUGACAAAUGUAUGUGGGAACUAUGGAGAAUGUAUGUGGGAACUUUAUGAGGAACGUAUGUGGGGACUGUAUGACGAAUGUAUGUGGGAACUGUAUGACGAAUGUAUGUGGGAAUGGUAUGAGGAAUGUAUGCAGGAACUGUCAGAUGAAUGUAUGUGGGAACUAUGGAUAGUGUGUGGGAACUGUCAGAUGUAUCGGGAAUGUAUUUGGGAACUGUACAAUGUAUGUGCAAUCUGUAUGAUGACUGAAAGUUGGAAGUGUAUGGGGAAUGUAUGUGGGAACUGUAUGGGGAAUGUAUUUGGGAACUGUAUCGGGAGUGUAUUUGGGAACUGUAUCGGGAAUGUAUUUGGGAACUGUAUGGGGAAUGUAUUUGGGAACUGUAUCGGGAAUGUAUUUGGGAACUGUAUGGGGAGUGUAUGUGAGAAUCUUAUGUACAUGUAUCUGGGUUCUUUAUGAAGAAUAUAUGUGGAAAUAAAGUAUGUAGAGUGUGGCAAUAAGAUCACAAAGACUUGUUACCUCUGUUAUAUAAUGGCCUACAGAUAGUUUGUAUAGAUGAAGUACAAAUCUGUUGCCAUGUAAAACAGUAUUUUCACAAUCAUCAGAAUGAUACCUGCCACCUUGCAAGUCUUUCUUUUCAUGAGUAUUUGAAUUUAAAGAGUUUUUUGUGGGACUUUGGCUGAGAGAGCAUGUGAUAUCAUUUUGUUUUCUUUAUGAAGAUGAUCAUUUAAUUUAUGGAAUCAUUUAAUAUUUAAUUUGUUUUCUAUUGUGUAUAUGUUCAUUACUAAUACAGCUUUCAGUCUUUUGAUCAAAUCACUGUGCACUGUUAUAUGGCCUGUAAAGACAACACACCAGCCACUGGGAGAUAUAAUGGGUUGUAAUUGAAAUUGUAGAAAAAGCUAGAUUAUGUGUACAUGUAUAUUAUAUCAUAAAACCAUUGUUUAUAGAUCUAGUUAUGUUACAAUACAAUCAAAUACCAGUAAGUUCAAAGUUUCAUCGUAACAUUCCAAAUAUGGUCAAAUUCACUUCAUCAUAAUUAAGAUAUGUGUUUGUAUACAUUUAUGCGGGAUAAAAUUUAAAGAAUAGAAAUUUUAUUCAUUCAUGUACAGUUAUCAGUAGGUUUGAAAGGUUGCAUUCAGUA